AUGUCGUGGGAAGAGGGACUGGAAGAUAGAAGGGCCCGUUUGGCGGCGUUGAGAAAGAACAGGUUCAACAAGACUAGCUCUGAAGCGUCUCCUUCCACACACAGCGAUCCUACACCACCUCAAAGUGCAACUCCAUCCUCAGUACCUACAGAAGCCAUAGAAACCCCAGAGCAGGAUGGAGAGAUAAAGGAACCUCCGGCCCUUCAAUUGGACCACGGUGAGACGGUGGAGGUCUUGUCCAACAACAUUCAGCAACAGAUCUUGCGGUCUGCUCGAGAAAGGGCCAAUGACAUCUCAUUUGUCUCAGAAACAGCACCAAGAAAGGUGUCCUACACCAAAGACCUUGAGGAUUCCAUUCAGGACUUGGAUACCAAGGCCCACAACAGGACUGAGCGGGCGGUCUACAACAUAAUCAAGGCGAAGUACGAGGCGUACGGCCGUGUCUAG